UUAACCAUAAUUUUGAAAAAUUUUUACAUUUCCUGAUCAAGUAGUGUUUCAAAACUGACCAUUGCAUAUUUUUCAAAUAAGAAUAUAAGAGUAUAUAAUUGUUUGAAAAAAUGUAUCUUUCUCCAUUUUCGGAGAAAGAUAUAAUUCUAGCAUCCUCUGAAUUCGCUAGUUUAAUGACAAUACUUAAAAUGUCCCUUAAGAAAUUGAGAGAUGAUAUAGAAUACCACGCAGAUCAUCUUGGAGAAACAACUAAUACAAUGUUUCAAACGCAUGGAGUUCUUGAAAAAAAUUUGAAAUUAUGGAUGAGCAAGUUACAAGCUCAUUUACAAGAAUUUGAUCUUUAUGGUAGGGCAAUCACAGUCAGAAUAUUCUUGAAUUCUAGCAAUUAUCUAUAUAUUUUGCGAUCAUUCGCGAUUAAAGAUCAUGAACAACGUAGUAAAAUAUCAGUGUGCAAUGUUGCAUUUCCAGAGCAUGAAGAAAAUAAGUUAUCCACCAAAUUGUAUAAAAUGAAGAAGUUUAAAAGAAGAUGCAAAGGUAAAAAUUUAGCUAAAAAUUCUGUUUGUAGAAUGAAAACAACAGAAUAUACAUAAGAUAUUAACUAAUGAAAAAAACAGAGCUUGUAUUAAAAAAUACC